ACCACAACUGAAAGACUGAAGGUUGGUAGCUCCCUCUCUUCGACGGACAUGAACAAGAAGUGUUUAAAUUGCGGCAGUUGCAAAAAGUCGCGGAAUAAAUGCUUAAUCAAUGCUCUCAGUAAUAGAGAAUACUCCGAUUGCCGCCACGCACAAUCCCUACUUAAAACUUUGCGACGCACAAAGUGA